AUGUUAUACGUGGGCAGGUGUUCACGCCCGGCGGGGGCGCGGGGCGCGCGCGUCGUGUGGGGCGCUCAGCGGGACGCACCUCGUUCGUCACCGGAUUCGACAAGUGAGCUAUCGUACUCGGUCUGUACAUGUAUACGUGGGCAGUUAGGUGUUCAGCCCGGCGGGGGCGCGGGGCGCGCGCGUCGUGUGGGCGCUCAGCGGGACGCACCUCGUCGUCACCGGAUUCGACAAGUGAGCUAUCGUACUCGGUCUGUACAUGUAUACGUGGGCAGGUGUUCAGCCCGGCGGGGGGCGCGGGGCGCGCGCGUCGUGUGGGCGCUCAGCGGGACGCACCUCGUCGUCACCGGAUUCGACAAGUGA